AUGAAAUUAAUACUUAUAAAUGUAAUAUAUCGUACACCAAUUAAUGCCAAUAUGAUAUUUGAAAAAAUAUCAGCUAUUUCUCGUGGUAUUGAUCAAAGUAUUAUUUUUAAUCUAGGUCAUUUUUCAAAUGAUCCAGAUUUGAAUAAUGAAUUUUUAUCAAGUGAUUGGAUAUAUCAAUAUUAUUGCUGUUUAAGAAGACAAAAAAAUUCAGAUAUAAAUGGCAUUUUUCUUUCGUUUGAUGAUACAAUGAAUUAUUUUAUGAAUUCACCAUGUUUUGAACCACAGCAGGACACUUCAAAUAGUUUUUCUUAUGGAUCUAAUAAUGAUGAUUCUAUUCUAACGAUUCAUCCACGAUCAUUAAAACUAAAUAAUAUCUAUGAAUUUAAAACAAUCGUUACGAAUCGUAUAGAUCAAACAAUACAGUUUUCAAGAACAAUUGAAAUACAUAUUCAGAAAGAAGAUUCACCUCUUAUUAUUAUUCGUUGUCAAUUUGAUACUUGUCCUUUCAAUGAUGGAUAUCAAUUACUUAAUUUAAACACAGAUAUUCAACUUACAAUAUUAUGCAAAAAUGAAUGUAAUCAAUAUCAUUUUAAUAUGAUCGUAUGGAGUAUUUAUCAAGGUUUUGAAGCGAAUGGAAGUAUUUUUUGGAAUAAAUUUCUAAUAGUAAAUAAUAAUAAGAUUUGGCUAUUUGGUGAAAAUUCAAUGAAUUUUACUGUAAUGAAGAAUUUAUUUCAAAAUAAUCCAUUUAUUAAUUAUUGGCGUUUUCAAGUUGCUCUUCAACAGUCAAAUAAUCGAUUAGGAUGGAUUGCUACUGAUUUUCAUACAAAUCAACCACCAUAUAACGGUACAUGUCGAAUAAAUCCUUCAACUGGUGAUAGAAGUACUUUGUUUACUAUUUUAUGCUCGGAAUGGAAUGAUGAUCAUGAUAUUAGUCAUUAUUUAGUCUAUGCUUGGAUAAAUAAUCCAAAUAAUCUAAUUUUAAUAAGUUUUACAACAGCAUCAGAAUUUGAAAUUUAUUUACCGUUGGGUGAUCCAAAGUCGCAUCUUACAGUGCAUUUAAUUGUUCAUAUUUAUGAUUCUUUUGGAGCAAUGACACAUUAUCCAUGA